AUGCUUGCCACUGUCUUCAUUUCUCCCAUUCCUUUCUCUUCCUUGAACUCGAGCCAAUACCCCUCCAAAACUCACAAAGAAAAUCGCUCUUUUAACAAAAAUUCAAAAUUCUCAGUCUCAAAGGACCCCGAUAAUGGCCCCAUUAAGAUGCCAACAGCUCCAUGGAUGAAGGGUCCUCUCCUUCUCCAACCCCAUGAAGUGUUAAACCCUUCAAAAGCCACCACCAAAAAGAGCUCAAACAGCAAGGCCGAGGCACCUGACAAGGCAUUGUUUGGAAAAGAAAGUGGAGUCAGAGGGAAGAAAUUGAUGAAAAAGAUCAUUAGAAACGUGGAAAUGCUACAAGGACAUGAAGUUUUGGAAGAUACCCAGAUUCGGAUUCGUGAAGAAUUUGAGGUAGGGAAUUGGUUGGAGGAAUUUGGAAGUGAUGGGGAAGUGAAAAGAUUUGAUGGGAAAAUGCCUUGGUUGAGAGAAGAGGAGAAAGUUGUGUUUAGGAGGAUGAAAAAGGAAAAACUUUUGACUCAGGCUGAGAUUAGUCUUGAUAAGGAUUUGCUCGAGAGGUUGAGAAGGAAGGCUAUGAGGAUGAGGAAAUGGGUUAAGGUGAUGAAACUUGGUGUAACUAAGGCAGUUGUUGAUGAGAUAAAGUUGGCUUGGAGGAAAAAUGAGCUUGUAAUGGUAAAAUUUGGUGUCCCUUUGUGUAGAAAUAUGGAUAGAGCAAGAGAAAUUAUUGAGAUGAAGACCAGGGGCUUGGUUGUAUGGAGCAAGAAAGAUGCUCUUGUCGUUUACAGAGGAUGUAGUCAUGGGUUGACUUCAAAAAUUUCUUCAAUGAAAUAUCCUAGAUGUGCUGAUGGUCAAGAAAUAUCUUCAUCAACGUUCAGUCACCUUACAUCAAGCAGUAAUAUUAAUAUGUCUCAAGAAAAAUUUAAUAGAAGUACUCUUCAGAGUAGUUUGUAUAGAGAAGACAGAGAAAAGGAGUCAAUGCCAAUCAACAUCUUUAUGAAAGAAGAUGAAAAUAACCAACCAGUAAUUGGAUCAUUUUAUGAGAGGGAAACAGAUAGAUUAUUGAAUGGUUUAGGACCCCGGUUUAUUGACUGGUGGAUGAGAAAGCCAUUACCAAUUGAUGCAGACUUGCUUCCAGAAGUGGUUCCUGGAUUUAGGCCUCCAUUAAGGCUUUCUCCACCGAACACUAGACCAAAAUUGACAGAUGACGAGUUGAAGUAUUUGAGGAAGCUUGCUCAUCCUUUACCUUUUCAUUUUGCUCUUGGGAAGAAUAGGAACCUUCAAGGAUUGGCUGCUGCUAUUUUAAAAUUGUGGGAAAAAAGUCUCAUAGCAAAGAUUGCUAUAAAGUGGGGAAUUCAGAAUACUGACAAUGAGCAAAUGGCGUACGAGCUCAAGAAUCUCACAGGAGGAGUUCUGUUAGUACGCAAUAAGUUCCUAAUAAUACUUUAUAGGGGGAAAGACUUCCUUCCUCAAGGAGUUGCUAAUUUGGUUGUGGAGAGAGAAAUGGCGCUCAGAAGAUGCCAACUUAAUGAAGAAGGUGCUCGAGUGAAAGUGGCUGAAACCUUUCAGGUUGCCGAUGAACCUUUGUCAAAGACAAGCACUGUAGGAACUUUAUCAGAAUUUGAGGAUAUCCAGACCAGAUAUGGAGACCUGAAAAAAGAAAGUAGUGAACUUGAACUUCAAUUGGAAGCUCAAAAGGAAAACUUAGAGAGGGAAUUGAGAAACCAAGAACGCAAGCUGUCAAUUCUGAACAUAAAGAUAGAGAAGUCAGCUAAAGAGCUAGUGAAGUUGAAUUCUUCAUGGCAACCAGCUGAGCAGGAUGUGGAUCUGGAAAUCAUUACUGAAGAGGAGAGAGAAUGCUUGCGGAAGAUAGGAUUGAAGCUCAAUAGUUUCUUAGUGCUUGGUAGGCGUGGGGUCUUUAAUGGCGUCAUAGAAGGAGUGCAUCAACACUGGAAGCAUAGAGAAGUUGUCAAGGUAAUUACAAUGCAGAGAGUGUUUGCACGAGUCAUUUACACUGCAAAAUUGCUUGUAGCAGAGAGUGGUGGGAUCUUGGUUUCAGUCGAGAAGCUAAAGGAAGGUCAUGCUCUAAUCAUCUACCGAGGAAAAAAUUAUCAACGCCCUUUGAAGCUAAUGACCAACAACCUUUUAACUAAGAGGGAAGCAUUACGGCGGUCUAUUGAAUUGCAGAGAAUUGGAUCAUUGAAGUUUUUUGCAUAUCAACGACGGCAGGCUGUCCUGGAUUUGAAACUCAAACUGGUGGAGCUAAAGGAUAGAAGAGUUGGUACCCCGCAAAGGUGACAAGCUACUGACAAACUGAUGUUCUACGAAUUGUGAAAUCCUGUGGAAAUUUCUUCUCUAGCCAAUCAUCAUGGAGUAUUACUGGAAAAUGAAGAAAGACUUCUAGAUGAGAUGGUUGCACGUGCUUGAAGUACAAGCUGGUUUGAUCCCUGUGUGCAUCACCUUAUGAACAUGUGGCAAGUUAGCCAAGCUUUUGACAGCCCAUCAAUGGGACAUUCAGACAAUAUUGCAUGCUACUUUCUUGCAAGUAUUGGUUCAGACAGUUUAAGCUUAAGAUGCUACACUGGAAAAAUGUGGCAACAACUUACUGUGAUGAUACAGCACAAUAUCCGAAUUCAAGACAGGACUGGUCAAGCCUUGAAUAGAGGCCAUGUACUUCUCAAUGGUGUUACACCUUAUUCUCAAAAGGUCGUCCAACCAAUUGAAUUUUUCUUACUGGCCUGAAGUCACUAAGGAGUCAUCAUCUGGUGCAACUGUAAUUGUUUAGUCUAAUAAUAGAAAAAAGAUAAAAAGCAUUUUAGACAUUUUAAUAUUAAUGUCAUUUAGAUGUUUGGAACAGAGUGUUCAUUUUGAAAAUUAAUGAAUUUUUAAAAUAAUUUUGAUCAAAAUUUAAAAAACUAGAGGUAUUUUACCUUAUUUAUUUUCGUUAAAAUUAUUUAUUUUCGUUAAAAGGUUGAGAGUUGUACACUCCUCAAAAUGUUUAGUCUUUAAGCUCAAAAAGAAAAGAAAAAAAGUAGGAGAAAAGCAGAAAAAGUCUUCAGUUUUAUCUUGUACUUUUUUAUGAAAAUUACCAACCUGAAGGGAUGUUAAUUUAGGCAAUGCUUUAACUUCUAAGUAUUUUGGUUAAAAAUUGUUGUAGAUUAAUUUUUUUUUUUUCAUUUGCAGUCAAUUUUGUUUGGUUUUAUUUUGUCUGUGGUAUUGGGUUUUAUAUAAUCAUGUGUGGUUUUAACUAUUCUGGGAUUAUUGUGAGUUCCAUUUCCUUGCUCAAGAGGUUCUUAGUUGUUAUCUACAUUAAUUUCUUUUAUGGUUUUCAAGAUGAGCUGUAAAGACAUUUUGGAACUGUAAACCAGGAUUGCUUGAUGGG